GUUGCUUAAAACGUGAACGCCAUUCCUGAACUUUGCAGAAGUGCUCUCUCCUCAGCUGCAAUGAAGACCACUGUGUUCAUUCUACUGGUUGUGGCUGUGGCUUUCAGCUCAGGCGAAAAAAUCAUUGGAGGUUAUGAAUGUCGGCCGCACUCUCAGCCCUGGCAAGUGUACCUCAGCGAUAACAGAAUCUCAUGUGGAGGAUCAUUGAUUAAUGAAAGAUGGGUUGUGUCUGCUGCUCACUGCACAUUCAUACGCAAUUACCUCCUCGUCUACCUGGGAAGCCAUAACUUGCGUGCUCCUGAAUGCACAAGACAGAGGAUCGAAGCAGAAAAAAUCAUCCCUUACCCGAAUUACAAUAAUCGCCCUCAUAAUAAUGAUAUCAUGCUGAUCAAGCUGAGAAAUCCUGCCACCCUCAACAAGUAUGUGAGGCCAAUCCCUCUGCCAAAGCACUGCACCUCUGCGGGGGAGAAGUGCCUGGUUUCUGGAUGGGGCAGAACUGGAGCUGGCCCUGCGUCUGCCCUGCAGUGUUUGGAUUUGCCUGUACUGUCAAAAAAGCUUUGUAAGCGUGCUUAUGAUGGAAUAAUAACUCAAAACAUGUUCUGUGCUGGAUUCAUGAGGGGAAAGAAAGAUUCAUGCGAGGGGGAUUCUGGUGGCCCUGUAGUGUGCGGCGGGAAACUGAAAGGUGUUGUUUCCUUUGGCAAUGGCUGUGCUAAACCGUACUUUCCUGGGGUUUAUGUUGAGGUGUGCCGCUACACGAGAUGGAUCCAUUACAUCAUAGCUAAUAACUAACUGUUUGUUCAGUCUGGUUGGUCCAUUACAAGUUAUUUUUUAUAAAUAUAAGUAAUUAAGUCAAAGUCCCUUUAAGGCAAGUCAUCCAACUUUGAAAUGCCUCUCAGACAGCUAUUUCAGUCAAGCAGGUAUAGCUUCUGCUUGAAAUAGGAAACAUCAAAUUCUAUGGCAACCAGAGCUAUUCAUCUUCCUUUUUUUAUUUUUCUUUUGUUAUCUUUGUAUAUUUUAAUCUUUGAA